AUGGAUCGCGCCUCGUCUUCUCUCCCGGGUGCUGUGCUCACUUCUUCGGCAAUCGCCUCUGCGCACACUCUCGCCGACGUCGUCUCCUCGCUCGCGCCCAAAAUAUCCGCCACUCCCCCGGCCCAUGUUGCAGGAACAUCCUCCCGGUCGACUUUGAGCAUGCUGGGAGGCCUGGCCCUGGGACUCUUCACUGUUGUUCCUAGUGUCCUCUACUGGAUCAUCACCUUUGUUACCUACACACUGCCAACAUGGCUCUUCAGCUUCCUCUCAACGAGUCUGACCUUCACCAUGAACAUGACGACCCUUCUCCUCCUCCUGCUGGUCUUUGCCAGCACCGUCAGCUGGUUCGUCCGGUACAGGUUCCUGAACAUGUACUCUCGUCUGCCUCCGGAGCCUCAGAGGAAGGAGCCGCAGAUUGAGAUCUUUCCUGAAUCUCAGGAAACCGACUCCAAGCCCGGAUUGUCGAACUAUUUCGACGAGUUCCUCAGCGCCAUCAAGGUCUUCGGCUAUCUGGAACGACCAGUCUUCCACGAGUUAACGCGAACCAUGCAGACUAGGAAGUUGAUUGCUGGCGAAACGUUGCUGCUGGAGGAGGAGAAGGGCUUUUGUCUGGUCGUGGAUGGCUUAGUCCAGAUCUUUGUUAAGUCCAAAGCUGGAUCCGAGGCCGAAUCGCCCAACGAAUCCGCUAUUGCGGACGACGAUGAGCCGGAACAUCGUUCUGGAAGUCAUGGAAGCUACCAAUUACUCACCGAGGUCAAGAAUGGUGCUCCGAUGUCAUCCCUUUUCUCCAUACUGGCUUUAUUCACCGACAAUGUCAAGAUGCGCUACGAUGAAGACGACGACUUCCAUUCUAGCGAAUCCAGCGGAAACCUCAAAAAUCAGAUGCGUAUGCCCAUUCACGAUGAAGACGGCACCCCAGAAUCUGGUACUGACAGUGGCGUUCAAUGGACAGGAGCUGGGUCUUCUCGACCUGUAUCGCGGCAAAGAACUCAUUCGAGUAUAACUGGCUUGAACUCUUUCAACAAGGAGCCACCUCCGUUGACGCUUGAUGGAAGCACUGACAGCUAUGGCAAAAACAGCCGAAGACCAAGCCUCAUUCGUGGUGACAGCACACGGACGAAGAAGGCAAGGAGGCAAGCAUCAGCACAUCCCGACAUUGUUGCUCGCGCCACCGUUGACACCACAAUUGCUGUAAUACCAGCGAGUGCUUUUCACAGAAUCACCAGGAUAUACCCGAAAGCGACUGCACACAUAGUGCAUGUAAUCCUGACCAGACUGCAGCGUGUGACGUUAGCUACAGCCAACUCGUACUUGGGCUUAACAGAUCAGGUGCUACGCACUGAGCGAUUGAUGGACAAAUACACUACCUACGAUCUGCCAGACUUCCUGCGAGGCGAAGCAUUAGAACGACUGAAGGACAAGUUCAGAAAGGAUCUCGAGCGUGUAGGCCCGGAAGAAGGCAUGAAAGGUAUUGCCUUGCAUAAUCCGCGUAUCGCACACCGCAGGCGCGCUAGUAGCAGUCUACGGCGCGAUGCGGCAAUGCAUACUCGUCAGAAUGUCCGCAACGGUAGCCUUAAUCCAGACCUCGUCGGCGGCGAAAGAGGUGGAAUCAGCGCCGGUGAUCUCCUGACCAAUAUACAUGCUGCUCGAUCUCCAGCUGGACGUGGGCAGAGAGGCAGCUUUUCACAGCCAUAUUCUGCCCCUCGAGCGAUGAACGGUGACACUCAUGACCCUUCGAGGACAAAACGCGAUCAGUUUAACGCCGAAUAUAACCCACGAGCGACUAUGCACAGGCAAGAAUCGAUGGACGAAGAUGUCAUCUUUCGGGAAUCAAUCAUGGAAUGUAUGGCCAAAGCGAUCGGUCUAACCAACUCGAAAGACAGCCUACGACAGACUAGAUCAGUCGCUCAGUCACCUCGUUUGGUCUCUUAUGAUUCGAAGCGACAAAGCGCCGUCUUCAAUAACGCAUUCGGGUUCAUGGAUCCGUUCGAUGGCUCGCAGGAUGACUCGGAGUCUGUCGCCUCACAGUCUGCUUUCAGUAUUGGAGGGUCUGUCAACAUCAUGGAAGAUCUGAAGAACGAAGUCGAGAUUGUGUUCUUUCCAAAGGGCUCAGUCCUGGUCGAAGAAGGUGAGCGGAAUCCUGGACUGUACUACGUGAUCGACGGCUUUCUUGAUGUUAGUGCCUCGGUCGACGAGCACGAGGCCUCACAUUCGAAUCUGUUCGGCACUAUGGCUAGACCUGGUGGGGUCGAGGCCCCAGAUCUACUAGGCGUGAAAGACAGACGGAGAACUUCGGGAGCCGCAAGAUCAACAUCGGUUUCAGGGUCGGAACACCAUCGAAGACAAAAGUCAGCACACUCACGCAAAAGUCUCUUCCUGAUCAAGCCUGGUGGAGUCGCUGGCUAUCUCGGAAGCAUAUCGUCUUAUCGCUCGUUCAUCGACGUUACAGCGAAGACGGACGUCUAUGUUGGCUUCCUACCGCGCCACGCCAUUGAAAAAAUCGUCGAACGCCAUCCGGUCGUACUCCUGACUAUGGCCAAGAGGAUGACCAGUCUCUUGCCUCGGCUGAUACUGCACAUCGACUUCGCGCUGGAGUGGGUUCAGGUCAACGCAGGUCAAGCUAUCUAUCACCAGAAAGACGACAGCGAUGCUAUCUACAUCGUCCUCAACGGUCGCCUGCGAGCCAUACAAGAAAACGAUGAUGGUGAGAUGAAGGUCAUUGGUGAGUAUGGACAGGGCGAUAGUGUUGGAGAGCUCGAAGUCUUGACCGAGACUACCCGGCCAGGGACUCUACACGCCAUCCGCGAUACAGAGCUUGCCAAAUUCCCGAAGACGCUCUUCAAUAGCUUGGCACAGGAGCACCCUGGAAUCACCAUCAAAGUGUCGAAGAUUAUCGCCUCGCGCAUGCGAGCCCUGAUAGAGAACCCUCAGAACGAGCUCGAAAGCUACAACAAGCUUUCCGUCGAAAGGCCCAAGGUGGCGUCCACCAGCAACCUGCGGACUGUGGCUAUCAUGCCAUGCACCGCUGGUGUGCCAGUCGUCGAAUUUGGCAACAAGCUGCAAAGUGCUCUGCAUCAAAUAGGCACACCGAAUGGGGUGUCCGUGCUCAGUCAGUCUACGAUCUUAAAUCACCUGGGGCGACAUGCAUUCACCAAGAUGGGCAAGCUCAAGCUGGCUCAGUAUUUGGCAGAUCUCGAAGAGAAGUAUGGCAUCGUCAUAUACGUGGCGGACACAAGCGUCAAGUCACCGUGGACGCAAACAUGUCUCAGCCAGGCCGACUGCAUCUACAUGGUCGGUCUUGCUGAAGGGUCUCCAGCGAUCGGCGAAUACGAGCGAUUCCUGCUAACGACGAAGACGACGGCCCGCAAAGAGCUUAUCCUGCUGCAUUCGGAGCGCUACUGCCCCUCUGGCACGACUCGAGGUUGGCUCAAGAACAGACCUUGGAUCAAUGGAGGACAUCACCAUGUUCAGAUGGCGUUCAGGGCAGCGCCAGAAGGUCCCGUCCACACCACUGGACCGAAGCGCUUUGGUAAUGCCAUCAAGCAGCGUGUUCAAGUCAUCCAGGCAGAAAUACACAAGUACACUUCGCGGCGUGUUCGACAAACGCCGCUGUUCUCUGCGGAGACACCUUUCAAGGGCGACUUCCAUCGCUUGGCAAGGAGACUGUGCGGCAAGUCUGUUGGUCUUGUACUCGGCGGAGGUGGCGCAAGAGGUCUGGCGCACGUUGGCAUUAUCAGAUCGCUCGAAGAAGCCGGCUUACCUAUAGACAUUAUUGGCGGUACAUCCAUCGGCGCCUUUGUAGGCGGUGUCUACGCCCAAGAUGCGGACGUGGUGCCAAUGUAUGGACGAGUCAAGAAGUUUGCCGGGCGCAUGGGCAGCAUGUGGCGCUUUGCUCUGGACGUCACCUACCCAUCAGCAUCCUACACUACCGGCCACGAGUUCAACCGUGGCAUCUUCAAGGCAUUCGGUGACUCGCAAAUCGAGGACUUCUGGCUUGACUUCUACUGCAACUCCACCAACAUCUCCAAGUCCCGCUCGGAGAUCCACACGAGCGGGUACGUGUGGCGAUACGUUCGAGCUUCGAUGUCUUUGGCAGGUCUGCUACCUCCCCUCUGCGACGAAGGUGACAUGCUCCUCGACGGUGGUUACACCGAUAACCUCACAGUCUCACACAUGAAGGCUCUUGGCGCGGACCAAAUCUUCGCUGUCGACGUCGGCGCUCUCGACGAUGACAGACCUCAAAACUACGGAGAUUCCCUUUCCGGCUUCUGGGCCUCUCUCAACCGCUGGAAUCCAUUCUCCUCGCACCCCAAUCCGCCUACAUUAUCCGAGAUCCAAGCUAGGCUGGCAUAUGUCAGCUCUGUCGAUAACCUCGAGCGCGCAAAGAGUAUCCCUGGAUGUAGAUACAUGCGUCCACCCAUCGAGGCGUACGGUACGUUGGACUUUGGCAAGUUUGAUGAGAUCUAUCAGGUUGGGUAUCAGUAUGGCAAGAAGUUCUUGGCGGAUUUGAGGGAGGAGGGGGUUUUGCCGCCGAUUGAGGAGGAGACGGAGGAGAAGAGGAAUUUGAGGAGGACUAUGGCGCCGAGGAGGGCGAGUAUAUGA